AUGGUGGCCGAGCUAGCUAGCAUUUCUACGGUGACGAUCGAUGGAAAAUCAUCGGACCUUGAUAGCACCUCGAAACAUCACAAACGACCCAAAUGGAUUCAAACGGCGACGCGUGAGUCGAUUUAUAGUGUUCUGGAUAGCAACGAGAAUAUCACAACGAAAAGUUUUCCUCCGAAUAUCCACAGCAAGAUCGUAUUGAUCAGCGCGGUGAAGGACGAACCAAAUCAGAAUCUAGAAAACGAGCAACUAGAAUUACCAUACAGGUUAUCAUCUCAAAAUAAAGCGUCGUCGAUUCUUGAAGUCGAGGAUGAGAACACUCUUUACAGCGUGGUAAGAAAACCGAAGAAAGUGCGGUUGUUAGAAACGCCCUCCGAAGCGAACGAGGAGGUGAUUCGAUCUGUAGAUAAGAUUCGCGACAUCGAUCCCAACGAAAGGCACGAGCAACAGCAACUGGACCAUAAAGACGUGUCCAGGCGAGUCGAAGUGAGAAAGUGGCUCUACGACACGCCUAAACAGUCCCUUUCGAAUUCGUUGGAAAUGUAUUUCGAUCAUUCAGGGUACGAGAAUAGCUGGCCUGAUCAGGAGAACUUGGUAGCAUUGCCUCGAGGAGUGGUAGGUCUCGUGGGUCCCUAUAGGAUAUAUAGCAACCCUAAUGAGAGGAGAGAAUAUAUGCUGCAAGAGGAGGAACUUGUUGAAGAGGUAAUGAAUUCCGCCAGUAAAAGAGUACAAGAAGAAAAGAACAAAGACGAGCAUCGUCAGAGGGCGAAAUGGAAAAUCAGGGAGGAUGACGAGGAGACCUUAGUACCGGAUAUCCGAAACCUGUCUGGUUUCGUGGAAACGAAGACAGAUGUCGCUAAGAUGGAGAAUAAUGAUUGGAAGAACGAACGAGAAUCAGUAACGAAAGUGAAUAAAUCGGAUUGUGUCGAAGGGAUUCUGUUUAGUAAAGAAGAAUGCGCGGUGGAUGUACCAGAUACGGUAUCUGCAAUCUCGACAACGUCAAUGAAGGAGAAAUGGGCGAGCAAUGAGCAGCAUGACAAAGACAGCCUAAACGAGACCGGAAGUACAACGGGUGGCACCGUGGAGGGCGCGCCGAGUGGUGGCCCCAGUAGGGGUGACAAGAUCAAGGACAAGGAAGACCAUGCAUCCGCGCAGGCAUCCACCUCGGCACCACCGACGAGAUCCUUGGUCUCCAGAAUCCUGGCGAGAGCACGGUCGCCCGAAGAUCUACUAGAUCAUUCGGAACCCUACUCGCAAUUAUGGAUAGUUCUCUCCAACGUGUAUGGCGAGUUGAUCGUCGUGUUAACAUUGGCGGUGUGCUUGGCCGAGGUCAUGGACACGCCUGUACCUUUGCUCAGCUUGCAGGGAGUAUUUCUCAUGUACCUUUACGUGGGCAGCAUCGCAGUGAUCAUUGGCAUUUAUAUAUGGGUACUGGUUGACAGCUGCGGCAGCUUAAGUCGAGGUGGUAAUGGGCUCGGAGACGCGGAACUCGGUGGCGCAUCACUUACCAGAUUCGGAUCAUUAAAACGGGCACACAUCUCCAGAGCUAGAACGGCGCCAACCAGUUUUUAUAUACGAGUCGGAGCGCUUUUGUUCGGGCUGGCGACGCUGGUCUUCAACGGUUUAGAGAUGGCGAUGCACUCGAUGAUGCAGGGUGCCGAGUGCUUAACCGACGUCAUCUUUGUGCAUCCGGUGCUGCACGGCUUGUUCACCUUCUUGCAGAUGCACUUUCUCUUUGUAAACUCGCAGGUACUCGUAGAACGCUUUGGUCUUGCAGCCAGAUUUGGCUUCACACAUCUUGCAGCUACAAAUGUCGCGGUCUGGGCGCGUCUCGUGAUUUGGGAUACCGCGCAAGAAUGGACUUAUUUUGUACACUUGGCACAACACGAACAGCAAACAUCUGUAUCUCCCUUGAGUCUUCGAGGAUUUCCGGGAUCCUUGACAAGACAAUCGCGGGAUCUUAUAGAUGAUUCUGUAGCAAAACCAAGUAACUUCAAGCCCUAUCAACCUGUUUCGAACGAGCAAAUCUCACAAGUAAUUGCGUUACAAGAAUGCUUGAACACUAAUACCUUGGGACAGCUAUGGACCUCAAGCAUGCCUUUCUUAUAUCCUUUUAUUGUACAAUUUAGCUUGAUUGCCGCAGCGGUGACCUUCGUGAUGGGUCAGAACGUUGGUCGGAGUAGAUUGAUUAAACAAAAAUUCCACGGCAGCAAGGACUUAAAUAGUCACACCAGAGUAGGUUGCGAUGGUUCUAGCAAAGGCCUUUUUCUGGGUAUUCUCUGCAUGGUAGCUGGUAUCGUGGUGAUCCUCAUCUUCCUCGUCGUACGAGAGGAUGAAAACUUUCCCUCUGCCACAUUGUCGUGGCUUACAUGCGGCACUCUGAUCGGCAUACUAACGCUGAGUAGUCUGAUGACAGCCAGUGGUCUCGUGCAGGUGCGUCAGAUUUCGGUAGUGACACGAGCACCUGCCGCUCUGGACAGCCUUCUGUUAAACGUGUCGCUCUUCGGGGUGCAACUCUAUUCCGUCUUCACCAUCGUGGUAUGCGCUUGUUCACUGGCCAUGUCAGACGACGAGACAGAGGAUACACGAGCUAGACACAUCAUGCUGCUGUCAAUGUCAAUCCUGCAGCUGGUACAGUGCUUCGCGCAGAGCACACUGAUUGCCGAAACCUCACGACGUUCUUGCAUAACACGCUUCCAAAUGCUGGCAAAACCCGGUCGCCAAGUGAUCACUUUCCUACUGUUCAGCAACGCCGUGCUCUGGGCCUUUGAUACCGUAAUCACGCAAAAUUGGCUAUCGCAAGAGCUACAGCUUCGAUUCUUCGGCGUGCUCGUCUGGGGUGUACUGUCCAGGAUCGGGCUGCCUCUUCUAAUCUUCUACAGGUUCCACAGCUGCGUACUGCUACUGGAGGCAUGGAACAAGUGCUACAGAAUGCCACGGGGAGAACAUCCUCUCAACUGACAACGUGGAAUCUCACACCGACUCUCGUGCAGACUGCAUUCCGGCUUGCAAGAACCUUAUCAUCCCGGGAGAUCAAUGGACAAUGAAUAUGUUUACAAGCGAUUACUA